ACUUUGUUUCUUAUAUAAUACAUCAAAAGUUAUUAAGAACUUUGGUUCACUUCCUUUCAUUACAAUGAGCUCCAACGACAGAGAUCAUACAUGGCCUAACGGUAACGACCACCACUGGUUCUGGCCAGACCCUUCUCAUUACGAUCCCACCAGCAUGAUCAUGCUCGCAGCAGUCAUAUCAUCAUCAGCAGUUAUCUUCAUUAUCUUCGCUUUUUAUAUCUACGCAAGAUUCGUUCUCCAUCGCCGUAGAGAAGCUAGCUUCCGUGGCCUCCCAGUCGUACUACACCACCCUUUUCAGACGCCAAAACGUGGCCUCCACGCAACAGUCAUCGCUUCUCUCCCCUCUUUCACCGUUGGAGCCAUAAGUGACGUUGCGGCCGCUACUGAAUGUGCGGUGUGUCUUAGCGUGUUUGAGGAGCAAGACACGGCGAGAGAGUUGCCGAACUGUAGACAUGUUUUCCAUGUUGACUGUGUUGACACGUGGCUCACAACUUGCUCUACUUGUCCUGUUUGUCGGAGUGAAGUUCAGCCAAGGCUGAGACUUGAGCCUGAGCCACGAGAAGGAAUAAUUGGGGACGGUGCCUCACCAUUGACUACUCCACCGUCGUUGGAAGAAGUUAGGUUGAACUCUUCGUCGGUCUCACGACUAGACUCGUUUAGGAGAAUAUUGACUAGAGAAAGAUCUUCAAACAGGAUCAACCAUUCCUGCGUUGACCAAGAUCAUGUAGUGGAUGGAACUUGAGAGACAUUGAGUCCACAUAAACAAUACAUAUAAAUCAUACAUAAGUUUAUAUUCUACCCUACCUUUUGUACUACAAAAGUUGAGUAUAUAUAUUUUUUUGAUGUGUAGUGUGAACAAUAUUUAUCUGUAAGUCAAAAGAAUACAUAUUGAUACAAAGC